CUGGGUUGCCAUGGCAGCGGCUGCGGGCACUUGGGCCUUCUCCCUCCCGGCUGUGGAGAGAAUGAGGCAGGGGCUGCUCCAGGGGGGGUUGGCGACCGACUGCCUCCAGGAGGCCAUGGCAGACAUAGAAAACGAUGGAGAGACGGGAGUUUUUGUAGUAGGACGGGGAGGCUACCCAAACAAAGACGGCAUCAUCCAGUGCGAUGCGGCAAUAAUGGAAGGACAUCCUGGCCGGUUUGGAGCUGUAGCGGCUUUGCAUGGGAUCGGCACUCCGCUCGCUGUAGCUCGCAAGGUCAUGGAAGAGAGUCCUCACAGCUUCCUGGCUGGAGAGGGCGCCGUCGCUUUUGCCAAAGACAGAGGCUUUGCCGUGGAAGACAACAGAAGUUUGAUGAGUAAGCAGAGCUCCGAGGCUUACCAGGUAACGUCCACUCUAGAUCUGUAUUUUGUUUGCUUGAUCGCUUUGGAUGUCUACGGGAACAUAACAGUUGGCGUUUCUACCUCUGGGGCUCCCUUUAAAUAUCCAGGACGAGUGGGGGAUUCUCCGUUGCCCGGAUGUGGACUGUUUGCUGACAAAGAGGUAGGAGCCGCAGCAGCGACAGGUGAGGGAGACAAGAUCAUGUGCUUCUGUCCUUGCUUUCAUGCGGUCCUGCUAAUGAGACAGGGUUUGUCUCCAAUGGACGCCUGCCAGGCCGUGGUCCAGGAUAUCCUCCGACGAACAGGAAAGGAAAAGAUGUUUGAUCUCGGCAUAAUAGCCAUGAACACGAAGGGAGAAGUCGGAGCGGCUUCGUCGGUGGCAUUUCCGUACUGCGCCUGGUCUCAGGGGAAGGAUUCCGUCGAGCAACUGAUGCGACAGCCCUAAGGGAAUCAAGGGAAGAAUUCAGCUC